AUGAACAAUCAAUGGCCUCCCAUGGCACAGGGAAAUGGAAAGAGUUCCAACAGAUUCGUGAAUCCCCCUGCCGCUGACUCGGCUGAGAACCCCAUCUGGGUUCUCGGGGAGCAGCAAGAGAUUUCAUGGGUGACAACUCUAACUGCUUUUAACGUCUCUAUGUGGCAGCAAAGUAUUUCUCAAAGGAGCGGAGCAAAUAUGGGAAACAUAUUCUCCCAGGUACACAACACUGGGGUGACAAAUUUCACCUGGACGGUGCACACUUAUGGUUUCAGCCUUGAAGACUCGCCAAUCUUCUUCUUCUGGAUAAAUACCAAUACUCCCGAAGGAUUUACUUCGAAUUACUUCAAUAUAACCGAAAAGGCACGCAUUACGAGUGCGUCAACUUUUUAUACAGCGACUUCGAUAUUCGAACCGAAGUCAACAACCUCACCAAAUUCCUCAUCAGCAAGUACCACGCCGUCUCUUCCAACAGAAACCUCCCCAGCGUCGGCAUCUGAACCUGGCCUUGAUUCCACCGCAAAGAUAGCACUUGGAGUUGGAGUUGGCGUUGGUGUUCCUGCGGUUUUACUGCUUGGUGCGCUUACUUGCCUUAAAUAUUGUCAGUCUCAGUCGGGAAAAAGCAAAACACCUACGGUGCAUCCAGAAUUCGCGACAAUACCCCCAAGGAACCAGGCGCCUCCAUCCCCUCCGAAAGAGGUAGCUGGAAGCCAGGUUCCCGAGUGGUACCCAGAGUUACCCGACCGUCCAUACUAA